AUGAGGUGUAUGAAAAAGAGGGUGCUCGCACAUCUGACCGAAAAGUUUACCACCCUGCGCUCAGAAAGGACCGCACUUGCUUAUCUGAAAGUCACACUUUCUAAGCUCAAGUCUAACAAUGGCUCCUGCAAAGAGAGACUGCAUUGCUGGGUCACCUUGGCAACUGCACAGCUGCACUGUUCGGCCGACUGCGCUCUUGAGGCCGCUAACCGGACCCUCGUUUUAAUUUCUGUUGAAGAGGAGGCUAGAUUGAAGAAACUGGAGGAGGAUCUGAGGAAAUUGGAGAGCAGGCAGGCCGCCCAAGGCCAGGUGGCUGACGACGUACGGCAGGGAAAGGUGUCCGGCGUCGACGAUGCCACGGGCGGUACCUCUCCAUGCGUUACGAUUGGCGGUAGCGGAUCUGGAGAGCUCCAUUUCUUCUCUUCGCCAGCACCGGAGAGCGAAUACCAAAGGUCCAAUAACCACUUUCAUGUCCUGAUGGACUGA